GCUCUGAUAAUCAAAUUCCUAAAAUUGCAACACUGAAAAGUUAUAGCCAAAUUGAUUUACAUAAAGCACAAUUCUGGGGGCAUUUAGCCCCACAGGGUGAUAUUUGGCGUGUUAAAGGUAAAGAUGCAAUAUUUGUUAAUCUUAAGUGGUUGAUUUUCUUAUGUUUAAAUUGGUCAAUUGAUCCAAGGUUCAUCAUUUCAUUAAAUGACCUUCUUUCUGCAAGGAAACGGAGUUUUGCGAACAAAUCAGAUCUUUUUCCGUCACACCUACUUUCUAUACCUAAUGAAGUUCAAGAAAAUUCUAAUUUAUAUAUAUUCCAACUAAUUGCUGAAGCUCCUUUCCAG